AUGGCAGACGCAAAGAACCAUGUCUCCGAGAGGAUCGAAACCUCCGCCCCGACAAAGAUCCCCUACUGGCGCUUGGUCUUUGACCAGGGCGUCGUGACGCAAGAAAUCCUCGAUUUCCCAUACCCCGGCUCGGGAACAGACGAGGACCCAUACUGCGUAACAUGGCUUCCCGACGACCCUCGCAACCCCAUGAAUUUUAGCGAGGUGAAGAAGUGGACGUUUACUUUGCUGGUGGCCAUUGCCACCUUGGCUGUGGCCCUGGUUUCUUCGGCUUAUACGGGAGGUGUGCAAGAAAUUGAAAUGGAAUUCCACAUUGGGAGCGAAGUUGCCACUCUGGGUGUGUCGCUGUUCGUUCUGGGUUUCGCGAUUGGACCACUUCUCUGGGCUCCCCUUAGCGAGCUGUUCGGCCGCCAGAUUCUCUUUGCCGUGACCUACUGCGCUCUGACGGCAUUCAAUGCUGGUAGUGCCGGCGCUCAGAACAGCUGGACACUUAUCAUCCUUCGUUUCUUCGCCGGAUCUUUUGGCUCGUCGCCUUUGACCAACGCCGGUGGUGUCAUUGCCGAUAUGUUCCCCGCCAAGCAGAGAGGUAUCGCCAUGAGUCUGUUCGCCGCUGCACCUUUCCUCGGACCCGUUCUGGGACCUAUCAUCGGUGGAUUCCUCGGAAUGAACGCUGGCUGGCGAUGGGUGAUGGGUUUCCUCGGUGCCUUCUCUGGUGCUGUCUGGAUCAUGGGCACUCUGUUGAUCCCCGAGACCUACGCACCCGUGCUGCUUCGUCGCCGCGCAGAGAAGCUUUCCAAGCUCUCCGGAAAGAUCUACCGGAGCAAGGUUGAUAUCGAUCAGGGCAAAGUGAGCCUCAAGGACUCGUUCAAGGUGGCGCUGUCUCGCCCCUGGAUUCUUCUGUUCCGCGAACCUAUCGUGUUCCUGCUGUCUCUCUACAUGGCUAUUGUGUAUGGCACUCUGUACAUGAUGUUUGCAGCGUUCCCCAUCGUCUUCCAGGUCGACCGCGGCUGGAACCAGGGUAUUGGCGGGCUGGCCUUCUUGGGAGAAGCAUCAGGGGUUCGCACCCCCGAAGCCCGUCUGCCGCCCUGCCUCAUCGCGUCGAUCGCUAUCCCCGUUGGUCUCUUCUGGUUCGCGUGGACCAACUACCCCUCGAUUCACUUCAUGGCUAGUAUUGCCGCCGGCGUGCCCUUUGGCUUCGGCAUGGUCCUGGUGUUCCUUGGAAUCAUGAACUACCUGAUCGACGCCUACACGAUCUUCGCCGCCUCGGUCUUGGCAGCCAACUCCGUGCUGCGGUCGUGCUUUGGUGCCGCAUUCCCUCUGUUUACAACCUACAUGUACAACAACCUGGGCAUCCACUGGGCAUCCUCGAUCCCCGCGUUCCUGGCACUCGCCUGCGUGCCCUUCCCCUUCCUGUUCUACAAGUACGGCGCCACGAUCCGCAAGCGCUGCAAGUUCGCCGCCCAGUCCGACGCCUUCAUGCGCAAGAUCCAGGAGCAGGUGCAGACGGCUCCCUCCUCGGAGGAAGAGAAGGAGCUCGAGUUCGAUCGCACUGAGGCGCCCGCUCCGCAUGAGUCUGUCUCCAGUGACUCUGAUGUCGACGAGCUGCCCACCCAGCGUAUCCGCAGCCAUGCCCAGUCUAUUGCCUCUACCCGCACCGCCGGCUCUUCGCGCCAGCCCACUUAUGAUGGCAACCCCUAUGACAUUGACCGUGUCAACACCCGCGAGUCCUUCAAAUAA